AGCGUACUAAUCUAUGGGUAACAUGGGCAAAUGAGACAGGAAAUAUGGAUUUUUGUCUAAGUCUACAAUCGGCGACAGAUCCCUUUAAAACUUGUUUAAUUGGAAUACCUGAUUUACAGAUAGACGAUUUUAAAAGUAACUCCCAUGGAAAAUGUGAGCAAGCUGACACUAUAUCUCAAUGUACAGCAAAAUUAAUAGGGGGUUUGCAUGUUACCUUACCCUGGGAUCCACAGGAAUUAGAACUGUUGGGUUCCAAAGCAAUCAAUCCUAACGAGACACAGACAUGUGUGUACUUUGGAUCCGAUAAAGCGGGGGUGGAUGUAUAUCUUAAGACAAGUCCUACUUCGGACUAUGAGUGGCAAGACAGGCAUCCCCGUUAUGGGGCGGAGGUAUUCAACAAGACAUGGACUAGAUUAGACCCAGACUGCAAUGAUGAGGUGGACUUAUGGUCCUCCACAGCUAAUAUUUUUUCUACCUUACUAACACCAUGGAUUACUAUAGGCCACAAUUCAAGACUAAUAGCAAGAUUGGCAUGCUGGUCAGUAAAGCAAGCUAAUGUUACUACUAAUGUUUUAGAGCAAUUACUAAUGGAUCAAAAUAGCCUUAGGCAUGCGCUGUUACAGAAUAGAGCUGCUAUUGAUUUUCUUUUACUAGCUCAAGGUCAUGGAUGUGAACAGUUUGAAGGCAUGUGUUGUUUUAACCUUUCGGAUCAUAGCCAAUCUAUACAUGGGGAACUAAAAUGGUUAAGGGAACAUACUCAAAAGAUUAAGCAAAAUGAUGACCCUCUAGGGGACUGGUUAAGAGGAUUAGGAAUAACAGGGUGGAUGAAGCAGUUAUUAAUGGAAGGCUGUUGAUUGCUAAUUAUUUUGAUUAUAAUAAUAAUUGUUGUAAGAUUAAUAAUUGCAUGUGUUAUGAAAGCAACUACGCGGUCUCAAGCACUUCCUAUACAAGAGAAAAAAGGGGGAAUUGUGGAAGGAUGGCUGCAUGAAGCAGGCCAUGGAAAUUUACUGGACUUGUUUGAAAUAUCUGAAGAAAGUUGCAAGAUCACCCUCACCGCUGAAGCACCAAUCAAGGACAAGGACACAGCGACCUUCAUCUAAAGUUAACUUAGAAAAGCAGAACAAAGCACACAAGAAUAAGGAACUACUAACCAAAAACAGGAUAUAGGGGCGUACUAGGGGUGGACUAAAAAAUGCGCUAAGCACCCAAUUAGCAUGUCCAUAGCUUGAUAAUUAGCAUAGAAUACGCCUGCUUGCUCUCUGCUUGCUCUAUAUAAACCGUGCUGUAACUCAAUAAAGUUGAACUUGCUUUAUCAAUCAUA